GCGGCCGGCCGGCGUGCUCACCGCUCUAGUACGGCACGGGCGCAGUCACACGGCGGACGCGCGCGACACCAGCGCGCGCACACAACGCACACCUUGUGGACUCUAGUGUUUGUACAGUGCACUUUGGGGUACAGUUGGACGGGGUGCGGGGAGUCUGGAGCGAAAGUGCCCACUGGAGGCGCGCGCGCCCUCUUUUACAUAACACUUGAUAAGUGGAGCUUUCGUAAUUGUUGCGUGAUAACAGUAAAGAAUAACGGUCGACGAGCCCACAAAGGAUGAAGAGUAGGACACGAUGGGAACGAUUCUUUGGCCCGGAUGUACAAUCAACAGGAUGACCUUCGCCUUGGCGGUGGUAUUGCUAUGCGCGGUGUGGGGCGCGCGUGCCGGCGAGCCAGUGUUUGACCCGAGCACCCUGAUGCGGCUGGUGCUUGUGCCUGCUGACGCGGCGGUCGGCUCAGUCAUCUACCGAGUGCGCGCCUCCGAUCCUGAUUUCGACUAUCCUCUCCACUUCGAGCUUAUUGGUCAAAUGGGCAGACAGGACAUCGGCAUCGAGUCGCUCCCGUGCACGCGGUACAACUCCGUGUGCCAGGCCAACGUGAUCCUGUUGAAGAGGCUGCAGCCCGGCCGUUACGUGGACUUCAGAUUGUCUGCGCGCAAUACCAGGGGACGCAGCAGUCGCAUCGCGUGCUCUAUCACCGGCACCAACGCUACCACGCCGAGAGACACCAUAUUUCCUCACCAGCCUAGUAUCAUAUUGGUGCCAGAGGAUGCGAAGCGAGGGACCGAUUUGGAGAUAGUAAUUGCGAGGAAAAAUCCGCUGUCGCCGAAACCCUUGGAGUUGGAACUUUGGGGCUCGCCACUUUUCGCAAUUCGCCAGCGUCGUGUAUCCACCGAGAACACAGAGGGGACAAUCUUCCUCGUCGGCCCUCUAGACUUCGAGGCUCAGUCCAUGUACCAUCUAACACUGCUUGCUGUGGAUCCAUACAUAGAAGUGGGAAAAGACACUAGAAACAUAGCGGGCUUGGAAGUGGUAGUGGUCGUGCAAGAUGUCCAAGACAUGCCACCGGUGUUCACGUCGGCACCGCCUAUAACUCACCUGCCUAGGCAAGUGGCGCCGGGAGACAUGGUAGUGAAGGUCCGAGCUGAAGACGGCGACAAAGGCGCUCCCAGGCAGAUCCGGUACGGGCUGGUGUCUGAGGGGAAUCCUUUCACGCCUUUCUUCAACAUUAAUGAAACAUCAGGUGAGGUGACGCUCGAACGUCCAAUCGAAGAAAUAGCAGCGAUAUCGCAUGCCGGUGCGCCGAUCCUUCUCACCGUGGUCGCUGAGGAGGUCCGGCUGUCCAGAGACGAGCCUGAGGCGAUGUCUUCUACGGUCCAGCUCGCGUUCAUUCUGCCUGAGAGGGAAAACUCACCGCCUUACUUUGAGAAUCAGUUCUACAUCACGUAUUUGGAUGAAAACGCACCUCAAGGCACGGCGUUGACUUUUAACGACCCCUACAUACCUCAAGUAAACGACAAUGACGCCGGCAAAAAUGGCGUGUUUUCACUGAGUUUGGUCGGAAACAAUGGCACCUUUGAGAUAUCGCCCACUGUGGCUGAGAGGCACGCGCAGUUCAUAAUCAAAGUACGUGACAACACGAUGCUGGAUUACGAAGCGAGGAAAUCUGUUAUAUUUCAGAUUCUUGCUCAAGAACUCGGUCCGGCAACAAACCUAUCGGCAACAGCGAACGUAACUGUCUAUCUUAAUGACAUUAACGACAACCCUCCCAUAUUCCUGGCGCAGUCUUACGAUGUAGAGCUCCCAGAGAACGUGACGGCUGGAGCGAGGGUCAUACAAGUUGCAGCCGACGAUGUAGAUACUGGUGCAUUUGGAAAAAUCCAGUUCACUGCCAUAUUAGGGUACCUCAAUACGUCGCUGCAUCUAGACCCACUCUCAGGGUUGAUAACUGUUGCAACAAAUAAUCAUGGCUUUGACCGUGAGGCCAUGCCAGACUUGCAUUUCUUAGUAGAGGCUAGAGAUAACGACGGAGUAGGUUUAAGAGUAACAGUGCCAUUAAUUAUUAAGUUAUUAGAUGUAAAUGAUAACCCACCUGAGUUUGAGAGGUCGUUGUACGAGUUUGUACUGUCGCCUAACUUGAACAACUUUACGUCGUCGGCUUUCGUGAAGGCUGUCGAUAAAGAUGCCGAACCACCAAAUAAUGUAGUCAGAUAUGAAAUUAUUCAAGGCGACGAUGGGAAGUUUGCCAUCAAUGAAGAAACAGGUGAACUUCAUUUAUUAGAAACACUAAAAAGGACUAAAAAACAAAAUGUAAACAGAAGAAGGCGCCAAUCGGACAGCCAACAAGAAAGUGAAGUGUUCAUACUCACUAUUAGAGCUUACGAUUUAGGAGUUCCGAGGUUAACAUCUACAACUCUAGUGAAAAUCUAUCCACCUGAAAGUAAAACAAGAACAAUGUCUUUCAUAGUACCAGGAGCUAAUCCUGAUAGGAAGAAAUUGGAGGAGGUUCUAAGCACUCUAUCUGGCGGGAAAGUGUCUAUAAUAGACAUCAAGCCUUAUAAAGGAAGCCCAGAAGGAUCUGCUGAUUUAAGUGGAUUGGAGUCUAGUCAGGAAAAAAGCGAGGUUAUAGCUGUUGUACGAAUGACAGGCACUGCAGCUAUCGACGUAGCGAAACUCCAAGAGCAAUUAGCGAAGAACGUGACUGUAUACACCACUGGUGUUAGCAAUACUGGCUCUAGCAAUAACCAGAAUGUUCAGACAUCUACAACAGACAACGACUCCGGUAUAUACAGAGCGGAGAGUCGCUUGCUGUUUUGGUUAUUAAUAUUACUAGCGAUAUUAGUGGCCCUUGUACUCUUACUACUUAUAUGCUGUUGCAUAUGCGAAGGAUGUCCUCUCUAUAUGCCUCCCAGGAAAAGAGUGAUACGUGUCAACUCCACAGAGGACGACGUGCGUUUAGUGGUCCGGGACAAAGGGAUUGGGAGGGAAAACAAGACGCAAAAUAUAGAGAAUAAGUCGAUACAAGCGAACGAGUGGAGACGGAGGGAGGCGUGGAGCGCAGAGCAAGCAGACUUGAGGACGAAACCGACUCAGUGGAAGUUUAAUAAGAGAAACUACAGAUCUAAAGAACCUUCCAAGCCGUCGUCGACGCCGGGUGGUGACGCGAGACACGAAUUCGUACACGCGGCCGCCGCUAAUGACUAUAAAUAUGAUGAUGCCAGACAGUCUUUCCGGUUAAGAGAUGGCCCCAACAUUAUUUUCACAAAAGAAAUGCAACUUCAAGAAAGUUUCGAAAAUAAACAUAAAGAAUACAUAGAAGAUUUAGAAAAUGGUUAUGAUCGCAUCGCCACUCUCCACCAUCACAGAAGAGAACACGAUAAUGAUUCCAUCCGCAGGCACGAGAUAGAUCGUGGAUCUGAUGUCGGUGUUUUCCUUAAGUCUGAAGCAGAUAAGGCUGACAAGAAAAAAGAAAAUCAAGAUAAAACGCGCGCUCCGUCUUCUCUUGGUAGGGAUCAAUAUUUUAUCAAAGAAGGCAAUACUGAAAUACUUAGGCUGGUAACGAGAGGUAAAAACGAAGAAGAGAGAUAUGUAAAUCUACCUGUACAUCAACAAAGACCCGUUACUUUAAUUCCACGUACACAGUAUGUUGUCUUAGAUAAUGGGAAAGAUUUGCUUAUGGAACGGUUUAUAAGAGAGCAAGGUGAAGAAGCUAAUAGUAUACGGGAACGUAUGAAACAGGUUACUGAUUUGGAUGAAAUCUCCGUUGGUAAAGACGGAAAAAAUAAUAAAAAGACCAAUAUCGCAAGUGAGGCUCAAAAUCAAUAUCACGAAUACUCAAAUCUUCAACCUGAGGUACCAGGUGCUGUGCCACUUAAAGCAAACUAUUUACAAUCAGCCUUGCUAGAGAUGCAAAAUAAGUCAACAAUUCAUCAAGAGUUAUUGGAAUCUUCGCUUAGAAAACAAAAUGAAUUAUUACAUCAAAUACUCAUUGAACGCGAGAGAAUGCUACAAAAUCAAGAAACAGCAUCUCAGGUGGAAAGUAAAUUAGAAACACAAAGUUUACCUGGUCAUUCUGUAAUGGCAACUCAAACAGAAUGCCACAUAGGUACACAAACCGAACCGCAGAUAUUACAACCAACAAGAAGAAAAGCAAGAAGUGACAAUGACUCUUAUAGUGAAGAUGACUCGCAGAUGGUUGUUGAGAAUGACACUAAAAAAGUGGCCUGGAUAAAAAGAAAAAAGGCGAAAAAGAAAAUUAAACACAAAGAUCCUAGAAGGAGUAUAAGAAUUUAUGACUUAAAAAGAAAAAUAAAAACGCCUAUAAUAGAAGAAAGCGAAAUAUCACCUUCGUUAGAAAAUGAAAAACAUGUAAAAAUAAGUAAGACAAAUGAAAGAGAGGAAUAUGUUAAGAAAUAUGGAGACAUGACCAAAAGUGUGGUCACAACAUCUAAAAAUGAAACUGUUUCUUCAACACAAAUUUUACUAGCUGAGGGUGAUAGAAAAUCAAAAUUAAGGCGAGAAGUACUAAUGGAGAUUUCAGAUUCUCUUGAUGAUAAAAUAGAAUCUGAUCUAAGUGAGAGUCAUCAUCGUAGACAAUUGCCCCAAGCUAGCGAAGAUUUGCCGUCCAUGAAAUCAAGAUUAGCUCUUGAACAUGAUGACAGCAAAAGUAGAAGUAGUUCUGCAUCAAAAGACAAUAGAAAUUUAAUAUUUUCUCGACAAGGUUCGUCAACUGAAGCUCGUGACGAGGCAGAUGAAAUAAAAAUGCUAAGGUCCCCUGAUGUAAAUAUAGAACCAUCUAAACAUGACAGUUCAAGCAACGCCGAGGGAAGUAAAAAGAAAAAUACAGAAAGUGAAGAAUCGGCGAAACCACCAGAAAAAUCCGCGCAAAAGAGUUUACCAAGAUACAUGCAGUGGUAUGGUAAAAAAUCAACUGCAUCAUCUAAACCAUCGGGAUCAGAAAAAGUUGCUCCAAGCAAACCAAAAAGACCAUCAAAAUCAAAAAACGAAGACGACAGAACAGGCAGGUACGGUAAAAUAGUAAGCAAAGAGAAUCAAGGUGACAAUGCUGAAGCAAAAAAAAACUUCAAAACAAAAGAAAGUGAAUUCAUACAUCCCCGUAUUUUAAAAGAAGGCAAAGUUACUCCUGUGCCCGAAGGACCAUUGCCUGAUGUGCAUCCCUUGCUACAACAUUCUGAACACAGAUAUGAACGGCAAUAUGAAAAUCAGAACCCAUUAUGCUACAUUCAACCCACGCAUAUUCCUAAAUAUUUAGGGCAGCAGAAUGUUCCCGCUCUACCACCUCGACAAUCAGUUGAACAGCCAAUAUACGUCAAUCAAAAUGAAGUGAAAAAUAAAGAAGCAAAACGGGAAUUAUCAGAAAGUGCGCUAACUCACAGCAUAUCAAUAUCAUCAAACUACGAAGGUGACAAAAAAACAGCAACUGAAGUCCACGUAUCUAAAAUAAAUAUAGGAGGUGACGCUGAAGUAAGUCAUAGGACAAAAGUCGAUGAUAAUGACUCGGGAAUUGCAAUGAAUACGUUAGUACAGCAAACUGGUAACAUAAAGAGAUUACCAAUUACUGAAAAGAAGAGUGUCUUCACAAUAGCGUACGACGACGUCCAGACAAAACAAUUACGACCAGACAGUAGUUCAACUUCUUACUAACGUUAAUUUUAAAUUCAUAGAUUGAGUGCCUUAUAAUUGUGUACCUUAUUUCUUAUUUAAAUAAGAGACUCGUACAUUCCGUCCCGUAUUUUAUAAAUAUUAUUCAAACAGUAUUGUAAAUAAUUUAUAUUAUAGUGAAGAUAAAGUAUUACGAUACAACUGCCUUCAUUGAUUGACUGUUAAUUUAGAAUAUUUUUUCAUACAAUGUAAAUAUUAUCGAGAUUAAAAGUGCAGUGUAAGAUUAUAUUAUUUAAUAAAUUAUAGUUGUAGCUUUUAAUGAUACUCAUUUGUACAUAAUUCUUUAUUCCAUUUCGGCGAUACACGCUGACACAGUGUGUGAUAUAUAUUUGUUACAAAAUAUAAAAAUAUAUACCUAUUCCAUAAUGUA